AUGCGUGAACAAAUGGUUUUGGACGAGAAAAUUAUCGGUGUUGAAUUAAGUGCCAGUAAGAAGCAAUUCAAAUGGCCUAUUCAAGAUACUGAUAAAAAACCAAAAGCAAAUGAAGAUGAUGAUAAUGAAAGCAAUGAUGAAAUGUCUGCUUUACAAAAAAUUAUUAUCGUACACAGUGCUGUUCUUGGUGUUGGAGCAAAGGCUGAUCAACGAAAUUUAGUACAUUUAACCAUCAAAGAUAGUGAUAAAACAAUUAUUGAUCAACCUAUUCUUUCAUUAUCAGUUAAUAGAAAUGAUUCAAUCACAGCAUUCAAUCUUCGUAUUUCAUUAAGUGAAGCUACUGAAGUAACCUUUAAAUUAGUUGAAGGUGAUGGUCCAGUACAUUUAAUAACUUCAAAAAUACUUGAACCUCCAUUCGAUUUUGGUGGUUAUUCAUCUGAUGAUGAUGAAGAAGAUAAUUUCGAUACAAUAAGUGUUACAAGUGAUGAAGAUAUGCAACAAAAUGCUGGUGAUAGAAAAGCUCAAGCAAAUUCAGCUGAUAAAUCAUCAAAAAAAUCUAAAAAACAACCAGCUGGAUCAGCUAAUAGUCAUGUUAAUAAUAACAAUUCAUCUGAUGUCCAACAACAAAAGAAAAAACGAAAGAAAGAUGAAUAA